AUGCCGCUCAACAUCAUCCAGACGCUGGCGACAGAGGGCAAGGACGCCGUGCCGUACUUUGACCAGAUCGCCGUGGCGGUGCCAGUGCUCGGCGUAGUGUCUCUUCUGAAGACAUACUUUGGAGGGUCCACCAACACAUGGCAACGAGACAUGCACGGCCGAGUGGUGAUUAUGACAGGUGGCACGUCGGGGGUUGGAGCGGAGAUUGCCCGCGAACUUGCACAGAAGGGUGCUCAGCUUAUUCUGUUAGUCAGGGAACACACAACGUACGCUGCAGAGUUUGUGGACGAUCUGAGAGCAGCCUCCGGCAAUGAGCUGGUGUACAUGGAGACAUGUGAUCUCAACGACCUGCAUUCCGUGCGGAAGUUUGCCACCAAGUGGCUCGACAACCAGCCGCCCCGAAGGCUCGACACCGUCAUCUGCUGUGCUGCCACCGCCACCCCUCCUUCCGUGGAGCGAAAGUACUCGCGUGACGGCAUCGAGGAGAUGCUGCAGGUCAACUACCUGGCCCACUACCACCUGCUGACGCUACUGGAGCCCGCGCUUAAGGUGCAGCCCCCGGAUCGAGACGUGCGUAUCGUUCUCACCUCGUGCGUGGCCCACGUCAUGGCAGAUCUCGACUUUUCCGACCUGCAGUUCACCCGCCGAAAGUACCCGACAUACUCGCCGUGGCGGGCGUUUGGCGCCUCCAAGCUGCUGCUCAACAUGUUCGGAUACGAGUACCAACGUCGUCUGGCGGCCUAUGAACGACCCGACAAGGCUCCCUGCAACGUGCGAGUUGUCAUGGCCGACCCGGGAAUGAUGCGAUCGCCCAGUUUUAAGCGGUUCAUCACAUGUGGCUCCGUGCUGCUGCUGCUGCUGUACUUGGUCUUCUGGCCCUUCUGGUGGCUAGUGCUCAAGACCUCCAAACAGGGCAUGCAGUCCAUUCUCUACGGAGUCUUCUGCGGUGAACUUCCCGCUCCCAUCGAAGAGGCCGUCUACAUCCAGGAGUGCGAUGUUCGAUCCCACAUGGCCCGAGCGGAGAUGAAUGACAAGGAGCUGCAGAAGGAGGUGUUUGACAAGACUAAACUCAUGGUGGAGGUGAUUGAAAAGAAGUCUGCCAUCGACCGAAAGAAGCUGGAGGAGAAGCUCAAGAAGGAGGGCAAGGCUAGCAACGGUUCCAAAACUGAGUACACGCCGAACUCGACUGCCAGCGAUGAGAAAAUUACUCCCAUCGAGGAGGAGGAUGAGGAGAGCACAACUGGGUCCACAACCACAACUGCGACUGGGUCUGCGACUUCCAGGAACGACAAGAAGAAGCGGAACCGGAAGCGGAAGACCUAA